AUGAGGAUUAUGAUAAAGGGCGGCGUGUGGAAGAACACGGAAGAUGAGAUCCUCAAGGCCGCGGUCAUGAAAUAUGGUAAGAACCAGUGGGCACGAAUCUCGUCGCUCCUCGUCCGCAAAUCCGCAAAGCAGUGCAAGGCUCGGUGGUACGAGUGGCUCGAUCCUUCUAUCAAGAAGGUGACUAAAUCUCAACCUGUGUUUUCUUCUUCCUUGGUUGUCGGCGUUCCAGUUAUCAUGUUCACGUACUAGCUGGUUACUCGAAUGCUUCAUCUCUGAUCGGGAGUCGAUUUACUGAUGAUUUUUAGGUGAUAUUUUUCUCCAUUUUGGACAGUUUUCCCCCCUAACAAGAUCUGAUUGUUUGCGUCCAGACUGAAUGGACCAGAGAGGAAGAUGAGAAGCUGCUUCAUCUAGCGAAGCUCAUGCCGACACAAUGGAGAACAAUUGCCCCAAUCGUUGGGAGGACACCAUCUCAAUGCCUCGAGCGUUAUGAGAAGUUACUCGAUAUGGCAUGUGCCAAGGAUGAGAACUACGAACCCAGUGAUGAUCCACGGAAAUUGCGGCCCGGAGAGAUUGACCCAAACCCUGAGUCGAAGCCAGCACGUCCUGAUCCAGUCGACAUGGACGAGGAUGAGAAGGAGAUGCUCUCUGAAGCCCGUGCUCGCCUCGCAAAUACCAGAGGAAAAAAAGCGAAAAGGAAGGCAAGGGAGAAGCAGCUAGAAGAGGCAAGGAGGCUCGCCUCUCUACAGAAGCGGAGGGAAUUGAAGGCAGCUGGCAUUGACAAUAGGCACAGGAAGAGAAAAAGAAAAGGAAUAGAUUACAAUGCAGAGAUACCAUUUGAAAAGCGGCCUCCCUCAGGGUUUUAUGAUGCUUCGGGUGAGGAGAGACCACCUGAACAACCUAAAUUCCCUACGACUAUUGAAGAACUUGAGGGGAAAAGACGGAUUGAUGUUGAGGCACAGUUGAGAAAGCAGGACAUCGCAAAGAAUAAAAUAGUUCAGAGGCAAGAUGCACCGUCGGCGAUAUUGCAAAUUAAUAAGCUCAACGAUCCGGAAGCAGUAAGGAAGAGAGCAAAACUCAUGCUUCCUGCUCCGCAGAUUUCAGAUCAGGAGCUGGAAGAGAUUGCGAAGAUGGGCUACGCUGGUGAUCUUGUCUCUGGAACUGACGAUCAAGGAGAAGGAAGUAGUGCCACACGUGCUCUUCUUGCGAAUUAUUCUCAGACUCCACGCCAGGGAAUGACACCGUUCCAAACUCCACAAAGAACUCCGGCUGGGAAGGCCGAUGCCAUCAUGAUGGAGGCAGAAAACCUUGCACGUUGGAGGGAGUCGCAGACGCCUCUUUUGGGAGGAGAAAACCCAGAGUUGCAUCCUUCCGAUUUUUCUGGUGUCACCCCAAGGAAGAAGGAGAUACAAACCCCAAAUCCCUUGGCCACUCCUCUAGCAAGCCCUGGACCAAUGGUUCUUACCCCAAGGAUAGGUAGUACCCCAUCAAGAGAUGGGUACUCUUAUGGUGCAACGCCUAGAGGGACUCCCAUCAGAGAUGAGCUUCGCAUUAAUAAAGAGAUGGAUGACGUGAAGCUUGAGCUUCGCAGGCAGGCUGAGAUGAGAAAAAAGUUACAAUCUGGGUUGACGGGACUUCCCCAACCUAAAGAUGAGUACCAAAUUAAGCCCACUCCCAUUGAACUUGAGGAGGAUGAGGUUAAGAUCGAAGAAGAUAUGUCCGACAAAAUGGCUAGGGAGAGGGCCGAGGAACAAGCAAGGCAGGAUGCACUUCUCAAAAAGAGGUCAAAAGUGCUACAAAGGGAGCUUCCUAGACCUCCUGCUGCCUCAUUGGACAUUAUCAUGAAUUCUUUAAUUCGAGGUGAUGAAGAUAAAAGUUCUUUCGUGCCUCCUACACUAUUUGAGCAAGCUGAUGAAAUGAUAAAUAAGGAGCUUCUUGCUUUACUGGAACAUGACAAUUGCAAAUAUCCGCUCGAUGAAAAGUCAGAAAAGGGGAAAAAGAAAGGAACUAGACGUGCAGCCAAUGGAAAGUCUGCAUCUUCAAUUCCUGAUAUUGAAGAUUUCGACGAAAGUCAACUGCAAGAGGUAUGUCCGAUGCUGUUUGCAGUAUCGCACGUUUUUUACAUAUUUUAAAGUUGCAUCUCAGGUUAUCUCUUACAUUUUUAUAUAAUCAUUUUUUUCGUAGCAUGCCCAGUUCUUUUGUUAACGUCGUUAUCCUUCUUUUUUCUGCCAUGAAUGAAUCUCCUUGACUCGCUAGAAAGCAGAUUUAGAGUUCGAGUCUGUUUGUGAUCUUUCCAAUUGGAUUGUGAAAUCUCUUCUGGAAAUUAGAGUCCCAAUCUAUAAGACGUAGUUAAUUCCUAUUUUAUUUAUCAAAGAUUCUCUCGCUCCUAAAAAAGACAAGGAUUAUUUUCCUUUAUCUGAUACUGAAAAGAAAAGAGGGAUAUUAAGUGGACGGCUAUAUUUUCAAUAAUGAUUUAUGAAGAGGAAAUAUAGAUGUAAGGAAAUAAAUGGAAAUGAAUUGUGGCGGAAAUGGGAAAAAUUGUUCAAAAAGUAAAAUAAGUUCUUGAACGACUGGAGGGCGGUGGAAGAUUGAAGCGCUGGGAUUGAAAGAGAAGAAUUGAUUAAACGUCGGUAAUGUAUGUGCUGGGACAUCAUUUCCAUGUAAUCCACCUUGCUGGUUAUUUGUUUCGUUUUGUUGGGUUUGAUCAGGCUCUAUGCUAAAAAAAUACGUGACAUGUGGGAGGGCUAUUUUAAUUAAAUUUCUACUGUUUUUUUCAGUCAUACCUGAACCUAGGAACUUCCUGGGCAAAAAAGAGGGGAGAGAUACCAUACAUAUACUUUGCAGUUUUACAGUCAUACAUGAACCUAGGAACUUCCUGGGCAAAAAAGAGGGGCUAUUUUAAUUAAAUUUCUACUGUUUUAGUGCUUCUUAAUUUUCGCCUUUAGCAAUCCAAUGGAGUGAUAUACAUGCAUAUCUAGAGGGGAGAGAGAAAAAUCUAGUGAGGAUAACCGGUAAACUUCUGUCUGGUUUAUUUGGAAGGGGACCUACUUGCCACGCCUCAUUAACAUGUAAGAAGACAACAAAUGUGUAUCGCAUUUCUUCAUAUGAAUUUACUCUCCGCUAUUAAGAUGUGGUAGUAAAUAUGUAGCAACAGCAAUAGAUUAGGGGGGUCAUAUACGGUGGUCUUUCUAAUCCUGCCACCAAUGUGAUGCGUCCGAAGUAUGACGACAGAAUGAUAGCAACAGAAUGCUCUCACCAUGUGGUCCAUUUAAGAUCGAGGUUGUAUCGGUCUUUUCCACAACAUUGAGUCUUCCAUUAGUUUAUAACUUUGCAGAAUCUGGUUGAUAUUGUAUAAGUUAUAUCCUGAGAAACUAGUUGGCUGUUGUUAUACUCAAUUUUCUGCACGUCCUAUAAUCUUUAGACCAAACGCAAAGAUUGUCUUUGACAGUACUCAUGUCCAUUGUUCUGAUGAACUCUCCUAGGAUAAGGCAUAAGCUUUUACUCAUUUGGACUAUUACUUUUGGCAUACUGCUGAUUGAAGGAUGCCUGAUACGUUAAUUGAUUCUGCAGGCUGAUUGGUUAAUAAAAGAAGAGGUUCAGUUUCUGCGUGUAGCCAUGGGACAUGAGGAUGAGUCGUUUGAUGAUUUUGUUAAAGCACGGGAUGCUUGCCAGGAAGAUCUUAUGUACUUUCCCGCUCGGUCUACAUAUGGACUAGCCAGUGUUGCCGGAAAUAGUGAGAAGCUGGCUGCACUGCAGAAUGAAUUUGAGAACGUAAAGAAGAGAAUGGACGAGGAGGCUAAAAAAGCAACAAAGAUUGAGCAGAAGAUCAAGGUUUUGACGCAUGGAUAUCAGGUAAUUUUGAGCUUUUGUCUUAGCUGUUGUCUUUCCAUACAUCCAUUGAUUAGAGCUUUUUUCACGAGUAGGUAUGAAAAUCAUGAGUUAAACACAGUUCAUCUACUAGAUUAACAGUACUGGUAAAUCCCAGUGCUAGAUUAGCUGAAUUCUCAUUGAUGGCUCAUGAUCAUUGGUUCAAGCAGACGCGGUCUGGGAGGUUGUGCUCGCAGAUUGAAGCCACUUUCAAGCAGUUGGAUACAGCUGGGACAGAACUUGAGUGUUUCCAAUCUUUACAAAAGCAAGAACAGUUCGCAGCGGCUUACAGAGUCAAUGGUUUAGUGGAGGAAGUAAAUAGACAGAUGGAGCUCGAACGAAAACAGCAACGCCGUUACAGUGACCUUUUAGCGGAGCAUGAGAUGACUCGAAAGCUUCUGGAAGAGCAUAGGAUAAGAUUACAGAUGGAGGAGGAAAUUGAGGCGGAAAAUCGUGCACUUGAGGAAGAAAUAGCCGCAAAGAAUCGUGCGCUCGAGCAGGAAACUACUGGGAAGAAGAACAUUCGUGAGGACGAAAUGUCAGUGGAGGAUCAAGCACCAGAUAUCCUGAAGGGGGAAGAGCAUGCAGAAAUUUCGGUGAGUGGUGAAGUCCUUGAUGUGUUAGUCCCUUCAGAGGAGCAUUUCUGUCCGGAGCAAGAGGCCGCAGUGAAGGGAGAACCUCUAGAAGAAGUCAAGCCUGACCAUGGUGAGGUGGGAGAUGGGUGGCUGGGGAGUGGAGCGGAGAAGGGUCAGGAUGGUGAUGCCGAAAUCAGUGCAGGCGAUCAAGCUCAGACCGCUGCUCUAGACUCUUUGGAGGAAUCAGCGGUCUCAGAUUCUGCAAGGGAGGAUGGCCCGUUUGGAUCAGAAGAGACCAUGGAUAUCGAUGACGGGGUGAGUCCUGCGGCAACGGUUAAAGCGCACUUGCAAGGCAGCGGUGGUGCCAGACCAGCGGACCUGGUUGAUGAUGAUCGCGCGGGGGGUGUUGAAGAGGGCGUGGGCAGUGUUUCAGGAGCCGGAUCCUGA